GGCGGCGGGGCCCGGAUGGCGCCCGGGCCGGCGGCGGCGGCGCCCAUGGACGCUAACCGCCCGGGCGCGUUCGUGCUGAGCAGCGCGCCGCUGGCCGCGCUGCACAACAUGGCCGAGAUGAAGACGUCGCUGUUCCCCUACGCCCUGCAGGGCCCGGCCGGCUUCCAAGGGCGCCCCGCGCUCGGCGGCCUGGGCGCGCAGCUGCCGCUCGGCACCCCGCACGGCAUCAGCGACAUCCUGGGGCGGCCGGUGGGCGCGACGGGCGGCGGCCUCCUGGGCGGCCUGCCCCGCCUCAACGGGCUCGCCUCGUCGGCCGGCGUCUACUUCGGGCCCGCGGCCGCCGUGGCGCGCGGCUACCCCAAGCCGCUGGCCGAGCUGCCGGGCGCCCCGCCCAUCUUCUGGCCCGGCGUGGUGCAGGGCUCGCCCUGGAGGGACCCGCGCCUGGCCGGCCCGGCCCAGGCCGGCGGGCUCCUGGACAGGGACGGCAAGAAGAAGCACUCGCGGCCGACCUUCUCGGGCCAGCAGAUCUUCGCUCUGGAGAAGACCUUCGAGCAGACCAAGUACCUGGCGGGCCCAGAGCGCGCGCGGCUCGCCUACUCCCUGGGCAUGACCGAGAGCCAGGUCAAGGUUUGGUUCCAGAACCGCCGGACCAAGUGGCGCAAGCGGCACGCGGCGGAAAUGGCGUCGGCCAAGAAGAAGCAGGACUCGGACGCCGAGAGGCUGAAGGUGGGCGGCUCGGACGCGGAGGACGACGACGAGUACAACCGGCCCCUGGACCCCAACUCGGACGACGAGAAGAUCACGCGGCUGCUCAAGAAGCACAAGCCCGCGAGCCUGGCGCUGGUCAGCCCGUGCGGCGGCGGCGCGGGGGACGCGCUGUGAGCGGCCCCGACGGGAGCGGCGGGUCCCGGCACCCGCGCGGAAGGUGUAGAGAUAUUUUUACAGAAUAAGUUUCCGCGCGGCCGCGGCGCGGGCUCGGCUGGCGGGGACCCCAGCCCGGCGGCGCCCUCGGUGGGCGCGGGGACGCGGGGCUCGGGCCGCGGCCUGGCGGAGUCACUUUGUAUAAUCAAUAAAUUAUUUAACACGUCCGGGUCGGAGCCGCGGCUCCGGAGGCUGCACCGCCUGUUUCUUCCGGAUCGAGCCCGAGGGGCCCCGGUUCCCGCGCGGCUGGGGCGCGGCACCGGGAGGUCCCGUCCCCGUCCCCGCGGCGCCCCGAGGGACGCCCGGGCCGGCAGGCGCGCGGGAAGGAGCCGCCGCGGGAGCCGUGAGGAGCCGGACGACGCCGGGAGCGCUGAGCCGGGCCGGCCGGGGACGGAGCCGGGCCACGGGCACCUCCGCCCUCCAGCCUGGGCUCGGGCCGCCCGCGCCGCGGCAGGAACCGGAGCAGUCCUCUCUACAGGCCUUCGGAGCGGAGACCCCGCCAAGCAGAGCCCACCCGGAGCCCCGCGUACGCCAACCGUCCUGCCAAGGAAACAAGGUUGGCGAGUGGACGCCGAGCCCUUGGCACCGGUAGUGAUUUAUGUCAAAGACAAGCUCAGCCGGACGCCACCGCCGUCCAGGAACUCUGUAGUGUUCUAAAUUAAACCAGUAAAACAUA